AUGCGGCAUCCGACUGUUGACUCAGGCAUCCUUCCUUUCGCACGCUCAUGUGAAGGGGCUGACGCAUUUCGGCGGCGCUGCGGACCGGCUCGGGCUGCGGGUACGGCCGGGUCGAGCGUGACGGCGCCGCGGCGUCUGCUAUCGUUGCCCUCUCUUGAUCCCCUCCCCCUUCUUUGGCCAUUUCGUUCGUGUGAGGCAGGCGGAGGCGGGCGGCGCGGAGGCCGCGGCGGCGGAGGCGGCGGCGGCGCGCGGGGGGCGGUGGGAGCGCGCCUUGCACGGCAGAGUCCUGCGCGCAUGCGCACACGGGCGAUCGCUCUUGUUAUUAUUAUUAUUAUUAUUAUUACUAUUACUAUUAUUAUUAUUAUUAUUAUUAUUAUUACAGUUGUUAUCAUUAUUAUGGUGCGGCGCGGAACGCUCCGCGCUAGACGCAGCGGCGGACGUCAAUUAUUACUCAGCGUUUGUCUCCCGAAGGCGGGCGGACGUACACGAAACUCGAGCGGCAGCGGUCGAAACGCGACCGACUGCGUUCCCAAAUCCGCGGGUAUGAAAACGCUGCCGCGCCGGUUUGAACGCGCCCGUGAGGCAACCGGUGACGCGAAACAUUCCCUGCGGUCCUUCCGCAUAGGCGCCUGUCUGUGCGGGCGGUCUUUUAGCGAGCCCCUGCGGCUUCCGCGUGCGCUGCUGGCGCGUGCGUCUGUCGGGGGCGGCGGCGGCGGCGGAGGCGGCGGCGGAGGCGGAGGCGGGGGAGUGGCUGCCUCUGGGCCCGCGCCGCGCCCCUUCCGUGGCGCUCGUCGGCCACGCCGUCUUCCUGCUCGGCGGCCAGCGGCGGCGAAACGCGCAGCAAAGGACCGUCGGCAGCUAGCUCUGUGCUCGUCGUGUCCGUCAGCCCACUCCACUCUCCUGCUUCCAUUCGUUUGUUUGCAGGGAGAGGAAGGCACUGCCUACGUCACAUGA